AUGUUUGCACUGUUCGCGGUAACGGAAGCAGUUUGCAAUUUGCUUUCAUCUGUUGCAUUCCAUUCGCUCUUCCCGCUUUCGCUCCAUUUUCUGCCUCAAAUUUCAUUCUACAUUCUCGCAGCAGUGAUGAUCAUGCCCGUCAUCAUUAUUUGGUUGAAAAAAGAGCGCGGUGCCGCCACUCCUACUGCUACUGUUGAUGAACUACCAACUUCAUCAAGCAAUGAGACAGAUGACAUGGAGGUUAUUGCCAGCACAACUGGCCAUCUAAGAUGA